AGAUUCACACAUUGCGGCGGUGGCUGAAACGCCCUCAGCAGCAACGCACAGCUUUGGUGGCGCAGCAAGACGUCACCUGCCGAAAACCUGCUGCAUAUAAAAGCAACGGACUUGGCGCAGAUCAAACACAAUCUUUAAAAUACCUGUGCGCGUCGGACGUUAAGUCGAGUAAAAGUCGGCAGUUUUCGUCUUCGUAAACAAACAAAGAGACAAACAAGCAACACUCGAAUCGGAAGCAAACAAACAAACGACCAGCAAACAAAACCUAGUUCAACGCUCUAGUGAAUUCGGUUGACUGUAACUUACCAUUGCAGACUAGCACAAACCAGAGGAAAAGAGUUUCAUUUGACACACCAUGUCAAGUUUUUGUCGGAUGGUGGCAUUAGGCCUGGUGGCCACGCUCCUGUACGCCGUCGCUGGGACACUCGGUGCGCAGUACAGUUCGAAUAUGUUCCUCAACGGCGAAUACAAAAAUGGUCUGGCUUCUCAUCCGGAUGCGGAUUUCAGAUCCAACCCACCCGCCGCUGCCUUUAUAUCUAUGCUUAGCAAACGUGCCUCUCCCUUUGUGGGCCAGGGAUAUUUGCCAACCUUGCUGGAGUGUACCGGGCGCCAACAGUGCGUACCAAAGGCCAAGUGCAAGAACGGCUACUUUACCGAGAAGUUACCGAAAGUUCAGAAAUGUGCCCCCGAAGAAAACGUUUGCUGUACAUACAAUCCGCCAGUGACCACAACAGAGACUCCCUACACUACCUGUUCCUCCAACAUGGCAUGUGUGUCGCCCCGCGAUUGUCGUAAUGGAGAAAUUCUUGCCAAUGCUGUAGUAAAUGUGGAGUCUAAAAAGUGUUUAGCGCCGAAACUUUGCUGUAGCGUGCCCUCAACCAUGCUGACAAACGAUGGCUAUGUUUUGAAAACACCUCCAACGCCAUUAGUUUAUCCAACCCCUCAACCUAUCAGGACUACUACUCCCGUUAACAACAUGUAUCUUCCACCUGUGACAGCGCGCAACCCUACAAACGGACCCGUUCGCCAAAGUGAACCCACCGAAUCCAAAUAUAACGCAGGCCAGUCACAGCAGCGACCUCAGGCACCAGUUCCUGCAACACGUAGACCGCAAGGAGGAAUCGUCGACCACAAGGAGGAGUCAUCGAACCAAGAGAACAUAGUUAUGCGCGGCGAAGAUCAGUUGUCGCCCCAGAUAUUCCCUUCGAACAAUAACAGAAGACCUGGAAAAAUUGUGUCUGCCGAGCAGUCCCCCGUCUCCACAUUCCCCGUCACUCCAUCGAAGUGUGCGUCAGCUUUGCUGUGCACAGAGGAAAACUUCUGCAGUGCUAUCGGUGUUAUUAGCGAGACGCCUGUCGAAAUUACUCCGUUUAGAGUGCCCCUAACGGACUGUAUCAUCGAAGCAACCGGUGCUCCCGGUAAAUGCUGCCGCGAUCCUAACUACGUUGAUCCUUGGCCAAUAAUUUUGGGUGGUGUUUGUGCCCAAAGAAACAAGAACACAAAACCCAAAGGUGUGAAAGAUAUUGAUACAGACUUUGCUGAAAUCCCAUGGCAAGCCAUGAUCUUGAAGGAAUCGUCCAAGUCAUUGCUUUGUGGUGGUGCAAUUAUCGGCGACGGCGUAAUUCUAACAACAGCUUCCUGCGUCCAAGGUGUCUCUGUGUCGGACCUGCGUGUCAAAGCCGGCGAAUGGCAACUGGGCAGUACUGACGAGCCGUUGCCGUUCCAGCUGGUUGGAGUGGAUAGCGUCGCAGUACAUCCCAAUUACGAUCCUAGCAGUGGUUCAAACAAUAUGGCUGUUUUGCAUCUCUCCAAACGACUCGAGUUUAAAACUCACAUUAUGCCAAUCUGUAUCAGUGACAAGGACCCCAGUCCCUCAGAGACAUGCGUCACCACUGGUUGGGGCAAGCAAGCACUGAGCAUUCACGAAGAGGGUGCUAUCAUGCACGUAACCACUACUACACCGGUGGCUCGCAGCGAUUGCGGCGCUGAUAACAGCAGUGUUUGUAGCACCACUACAUUCGACUCGUGUGAAUUCGAUUCCGGAAGCGCUUUGGCCUGCGGAACCGGUACCGGUGUUCUACUGAAGGGCAUCUACAGUGUUGAAAAUGCCUGCGGCGAAGGUCAGACAGUGCGUUUCAUUAAACCCGAUGUGGAGUGGGUGAAUAAGCAAUUCACAGAAAGAAAGAGGGAGCUUCCACUGAGACUUUUCUGAGAAGAAUUUAAAGUCAUCUACCUAGAAACUAGUACUACUCACAUAUUACAUCAGACGGUCUAAACAUCACAGCUAUAUUAUUUAAACGUCACAAACCUUCUUAUUCCCCUACAAGACUUUUCCCACCUGCCCGAUCCCUUUGAAUACCCUCAUAAACUUCCUUCCAGUAGUUCAUUUCAAGUGCGAUACUCAGACGAUCCGACACGGCCUAAUACGAGUCUCCUAUUCGUAGAGAGAGCCGCCACUUGGUCGGCUUUUUGUUUCGACUUCGAAUUAAGAAUGCCAACGAAGCAAACAACAAGCACAUAUACCACCCACACUAUAUAUACUUAUAUAAUUGUUAUUUAUACCUUAAUCACAUUAAUGUUAUAUAAACGAGACCUUUCUAAAUUAAGUCUGUAAUUUAGUUUGUAAUAAAGAAUGUUUUAAAUAGUA